AUGAACGGCACACAAUCUCCCGACGCCCAGAAGGCCUUGAAUGCCAACAGCAACGGAUCAAACAGCAACAAUAGCAGUCUGGCGGCUAAGAAGCGCAAGAAGGACCUGAAGCCUAUAAUCACCAUGGAGGGUGCAAACCAGACAGAUGACCUUGGAAAUUUCAUGGUCGCACCUUGUUCUGCUUGUCGCAUUGAAACCGCCCGAACGAAGUCUGCGUGGUCUACUCAAGUGAUUUGUGACCGCUGGUUUUUUGCACGAGCUACGGCGUCACCAACAAGUUUUGGUGCGCAUUGGUACCUGCGAUUGUCCAUCCACAGAAUACGGGAUUUUGCUACGGACAUGAAACUACGCUCACGGCUUGCUUAUGUCUGGCGAUUGGCAAAAGUCAAUGGCGGUCCCAACCAUGCAAACAUCAUCCUAUUCAGGUGCCCAGGAAACACUCAACAACAUGGCGUGGCAUGCUGUGUCACCUCACAGGGAACAGCCGUGAAGCAAGUUGAAACAAGUGUGGACAUUGCUCACAGCGGCAUUGUUCCCUUUGCACUGAGCCUCUGGGGGACUGUGGGCUUGGGCCUUGAUAGGACGACACGACCCCAUAAAUCUUGGGCAUUCACCAACCUUGAAUCCCUCGAUCGAUCACUGGGCCCCUCUGUACCUGAUCUCAGCCUGGCCUGCCCUGGUAGAGGUGCACUUGGUCACUCGCCUACUGCACCUUUCGAGGUGCCUGGGGCUGCCCUUGGCUAA